GCGCCGCGGUCCCACUGCCAUUCGGGGACGCCGUGCAAACCUCCGCCUGCUACAGCCAAGCUGCCGGCAGGCACGCACCCACCGCACGCUCGCUGCGCCGCUGUCGGCGGCAAGGCCGCGGCGUCCACUGCAGACACAGCGACGGUCGGCAGCAGGUCCUCCGGGGCGCGUGCAGCGACCGCACCACUCCUACCUGAACACCGACUCGCCUCACUGGGCCGACCUCCGAGGCGGCCGGCAACCAUCGUCCACAAAGCCGGCUAGGUCCGCGGGCCCACGUGCCCAAACCGCCCUGUUCCCGCGCGCCCGCGCUGCGCCGGCGCACAGUUCAGCGGUAGGCCCAGGUGCCGUCGGGGCGCAUGCUCCAUCCUGCAGUUAGGCCCCUCCACUUCCCCGCCCGCCCCCGUUUUGGAAGCGCGUUGCGGCCCCCGGCUGGCUCGCGCAUGCGUGUCUCCGUAACCUGGGUUUCUUCCCGACUGGGCGAGGAGCCCCGGGGCUUGGGUUUGAAGCCAGCCGAGCCGGAAGUCGGUCGGCUUCUUCGCCUCCCCUCCGUCCCUGGCGGAAACGCAAGCCCUGGAGGAGAGGUUCCGGGCUCAGCCUGAGCUGGAGGCCGCAGAAUGGAGACCGGGGCCGAGGACGUGGGACUGACCCGCCGCCCGAUGCUGGCCUCUUCCUGGGAUGCCGCCUGCGGAGCCCUGGGCCACAGCCUCCGUCUCACCCGGGCUGACCUCGGCGCCCGGGACUUGGAUUGGGAGGAGCCGCUGGCUCCGCCUGCCCCGGGCCGAGAUCUGGUGGUUUUGAAGAGCAGCCUGAACAGCCCCGAUGAAAAGCCCUGCUUCCUUUACCUGAGAUGUGACCCUAACGGAGGCGAAGAAAUCGUUUCUGUUGGCAUUUUGAGCUCAGCAAGAAAUAUGGAAGUAUACUUAGGAGAGGAGUACUGUGGAACCAGUAGGGGCAAGACUGUUUGUAGUGAUCUGGAUGACAGUGAACACAAAAUUAUUUUCUACAAAAAGUACUUAAAAUUGGAGUCCUCCAGUCAUGCUUGUAAAGUAAAGUUGCUCUCCUUUGGUGAAAAGCAGUGUGUGUUCAUCAGUAAAAUUGUGGUACAAUUGAGGCGGGUUUCAACAAAUUCUUCAACCAGCCCUCCUGCUCUAGGAUCAAGGAUAGACCUGCAGAGGGUCCAAACUCUCAUGGAGGCCAUGGGGUCAAAGUUGUCACCUGGCGCUCAGCAACUGAUGAAUAUGGUUAAAUUUCAGCAGCAG